UGCGGCACCUGCCACUACCGCUUCUGCUGCAACAAGCGCACCGAGAAGCUCAACCAGAGCCAGUGCCGCAACUACCAGACCCCCGACUGGGCUCCCACGACCACCUCCCGUGGCCUGCCAUUCCCCGAGGGCGGCCCCGAGGACCCAAACUACAAGUACGACCCGGAUAAGGACAGCACCAAUGCCACCGUGUACAUUUCAUGCGGGGCCAUCGCCUUCGUGCUCAUUGUCGGUGUCUUUGCCAAAGUGGCCUAUGACAAGGCACAUCGCCCACCCCGGGAGAUGAACAUACACAGGGCUCUAGCUGACAUCUUAAGGCAGCAGGGACCAAUCCCAAUAGCACACUGUGAAAGAGAAACUAUCUCAGCUAUAGAUACCUCCCCCAAAGAAAACACACCCGUCAGAACAUCCUCCAAAAACCACUACACACCAGUACGCACCUCCAAAAGCAAUCCAGGGCACUAUGGGAAGGAUAUUUAUCGAAGUGGAGGGCCAGACCUCCAUAAUUUCAUCUCCUCUGGAUUUGUCACAUUAGGAAGAGGACACACGAAGGAUGACCAGGAGCAAAAUUAUAACCACCUGGUACUUAACAGUGCAACCCAGACACCUACAAAUGAAAAACCACGCAUGAACAAUAUUCUUACUUCUGCUACGGAGCCGUACGAUCUCUCCUUUUCCAGGUCCUUCCAGAACCUCUCACACCUCCCACCAUCCUAUGAGGCUGCAGUCAAGACUAAUCCAACAGACAAAGAAGCUGAUGAAUAUUACAUGAGAAGAAGGCACCUUCCAGAUCUGGCAGCACGAGGGACCCUCCCUCUCAAUGUCAUCAAAAUGACUCAGACCAACCACAGAGACAGGCCCCGCCGGCCCCUGCGGGCUAUGUCCCAGGACCGGGUGCUAUCCCCUGAGAGGAUCAUGCCUGAGGAGUUCAGCAUGUCCUAUGAACGAAUUCUCUCUGAUGAACAGCUUUUGUCGGCAGAGCGUCUCCAUUCCCAAGACCCCUUGCUCUCCCCAGAGCACUCGGGUUUCGCAGACCAGUCUAUGUCACGGGCAUUGUCUCAUACAGACGUCUUUUUUUCAACACCUGUCUUAGAUCGCUACAGGAUGACAAAGAUGCACUCCCAUCCUAGUGCCUCAAAUAACUUAUACAAUACCUUAAGUAUGAACCAAACUUCUGCUAAGCGCCAAGCAUUUGCCUCCCGACGGCACAACACGGUGGAACAACUUCACUUUAUCCCAGGAUACCACCAUUAUCCCACAGCAAGCAAAACAGAGGUGACUGUUUGAUAUGACCUUGUGCAUUGUAGAUAAACAGUAAGGACUGGGAUGGCCCCAGCA